AUGUGUCAACAGGCUCUAACAGAAGGAAGACUCGCCGACGUAGUUCCCAAGCUUCCCCGUUCAAAGAUUAUCCAUUUUGGUCAGAUAUUUGGCUCAGAAAUCGGCUGGAGCGAUGUUUCAACGAGCUAUAACAGAAUGAAGACUCGCCGACGUAAUUCUGGAACUUGCACGUUCCAAUAUUUGCCAUUUUGGUCAGAAAUUGGCUCAGAAAUCGGCUGGAGCAAUGUUUCAACUGGGUGUAACAGAAGGAAGACUCGCCGACGUAAUUCUGGAACUUGCACGUUCCAAUAUUAUCCAUUUUGGUCAGAAAUUGGCUCAGAAAUCGGCUGGAACAAUGUGUCAACAGGCUCUAACAGAAGGAAGACUCGCCGACGUAGUUCCCAAGCUUCCCCGUUCAAAGAUUAUCCAUUUUGGUCAGAAAUUGGCUCAGAAAUCGGCUGGAGCAAUGUUUCAACUGGGUGUAACAGAAGGAAGACUCGCCAACAUAGUUUUGGAACUUGCACGUUCCAAUAUUUGCCAUUUUGGUCAGAAAUUGGCUCAGAAAUCGGCUGGAACAAUGUUUCAACGGGCUUUAACAGAAGGAAGAUUCGCCGACGUAAUUCUGGAACUUGCACGUUCCAAUAUUAUCCAUUUUGGUCAGAAAUUGGCUCAGAAAUCGGCUGGAACAAUGUGUCAACAGGCUCUAACAGAAGGAAGACUCGCCGACGUAAUUCCCAAGCUUCCCCGUUCAAAGAUUAUCCAUUUUGGUCAGAAAUUGGCUCAGAAAUCGGCUGGAGCAAUGUGUCAACUGGGUAUAACAGAAGGAAGACUCGCCAACAUAGUUUUGGAACUUGCACGUUCCAAUAUUUGCCAUUUUGGUCAGAAAUUGGCUCAGAAAUCGGCUGGAACAAUGUGUCAACAGGCUCUAACAGAAGGAAGACUCGCCGACGUAAUUCUGGAACUUGCACGUUCCAAUAUUAUCCAUUUUGGUCAGAAAUUGGCUCAGAAAUCGGCUGGAACAAUGUGUCAACAGGCUCUAACAGAAGGAAGACUCGCCGACGUAAUUCCCAAGCUUCCCCGUUCAAAGAUUAUCCAUUUUGGUCAGAAAUUGGCUCAGAAAUCGGCUGGAGCAAUGUGUCAACUGGGUAUAACAGAAGGAAGACUCGCCAACAUAGUUUUGGAACUUGCACGUUCCAAUAUUUGCCAUUUUGGUCAGAAAUUGGCUCAGAAAUCGGCUGGAACAAUGUUUCAACGGGCUUUAACAGAAGGAAGAUUCGCCGACGUAAUUCUGGAACUUGCACGUUCCAAUAUUAUCCAUUUUGGUCAGAAAUUGGCUCAGAAAUCGGCUGGAACAAUGUGUCAACAGGCUCUAACAGAAGGAAGACUCGCCGACGUAAUUCCCAAGCUUCCCCGUUCAAAGAUUAUCCAUUUUGGUCAGAAAUUGGCUCAGAAAUCGGCUGGAGCAAUGUGUCAACUGGGUAUAACAGAAGGAAGACUCGCCAACAUAGUUUUGGAACUUGCACGUUCCAAUAUUUGCCAUUUUGGUCAGAAAUUGGCUCAGAAAUCGGCUGGAACAAUGUGUCAACAGGCUCUAACAGAAGGAAGACUCGCCGACGUAAUUCCCAAGCUUCCCCGUUCAAAGAUUAUCCAUUUUGGUCAGAAAUUGGCUCAGAAAUCGGCUGGAGCAAUGUGUCAACUGGGUAUAACAGAAGGAAGACUCGCCAACAUAGUUUUGGAACUUGCACGUUCCAAUAUUUGCCAUUUUGGUCAGAAAUUGGCUCAGAAAUCGGCUGGAACAAUGUUUCAACGGGCUUUAACAGAAGGAAGAUUCGCCGACGUAAUUCUGGAACUUGCACGUUCCAAUAUUAUCCAUUUUGGUCAGAAAUUGGCUCAGAAAUCGGCUGGAACAAUGUGUCAACAGGCUCUAACAGAAGGAAGACUCGCCGACGUAAUUCCCAAGCUUCCCCGUUCAAAGAUUAUCCAUUUUGGUCAGAAAUUGGCUCAGAAAUCGGCUGGAGCGAUGUUUCAACGAGCCUAACAGAAGGAAGACUCGCCGACGUAAUUCCCAAGCUUCCCCGUUCAAAGAUUAUCCAUUUUGGUCAGAAAUUGGCUCAGAAAUCGGCUGGAGCAAUGUGUCAACUGGGUAUAACAGAAGGAAGACUCGCCAACAUAGUUUUGGAACUUGCACGUUCCAAUAUUUGCCAUUUUGGUCAGAAAUUGGCUCAGAAAUCGGCUGGAACAAUGUUUCAACAGGCUCUAACAGAAGGAAGACUCGCCGACGUAAUUCUGGAACUUGCACGUUCCAAUAUUAUCCAUUUUGGUCAGAAAUUGGCUCAGAAAUCGGCUGGAACAAUGUGUCAACAGGCUCUAACAGAAGGAAGACUCGCCGACGUAAUUCCCAAGCUUCCCCGUUCAAAGAUUAUCCAUUUUGGUCAGAAAUUGGCUCAGAAAUCGGCUGGAACAAUGUUUCAACAGGCUCUAACAGAAGGAAGACUCGCCGACGUAAUUCUGGAACUUGCACGUUCCAAUAUUAUCCAUUUUGGUCAGAAAUUGGCUCAGAAAUCGGCUGGAACAAUGUGUCAACAGGCUCUAACAGAAGGAAGACUCGCCGACGUAAUUCUGGAACUUGCACGUUCCAAUAUUAUCCAUUUUGGUCAGAAAUUGGCUCAGAAAUCGGCUGGAACAAUGUGUCAACAGGCUCUAACAGAAGGAAGACUCGCCGACGUAAUUCCCAAGCUUCCCCGUUCAAAGAUUAUCCAUUUUGGUCAGAAAUUGGCUCAGAAAUCGGCUGGAGCAAUGUGUCAACUGGGUAUAACAGAAGGAAGACUCGCCAACAUAGUUUUGGAACUUGCACGUUCCAAUAUUUGCCAUUUUGGUCAGAAAUUGGCUCAGAAAUCGGCUGGAACAAUGUGUCAACAGGCUCUAACAGAAGGAAGACUCGCCGACGUAAUUCUGGAACUUGCACGUUCCAAUAUUAUCCAUUUUGGUCAGAAAUUGGCUCAGAAAUCGGCUGGAACAAUGUGUCAACAGGCUCUAACAGAAGGAAGACUCGCCGACGUAAUUCCCAAGCUUCCCCGUUCAAAGAUUAUCCAUUUUGAAAUUGGCUCAGAAAUCGGCUGGAGCAAUGUGUCAACUGGGUAUAACAGAAGGAAGACUCGCCAACAUAGUUUUGGAACUUGCACGUUCCAAUAUUUGCCAUUUUGGUCAGAAAUUGGCUCAGAAAUCGGCUGGAACAAUGUUUCAACAGGCUCUAACAGAAGGAAGACUCGCCGACGUAAUUCUGGAACUUGCACGUUCCAAUAUUAUCCAUUUUGGUCAGAAAUUGGCUCAGAAAUCGGCUGGAACAAUGUGUCAACAGGCUCUAACAGAAGGAAGACUCGCCGACGUAAUUCCCAAGCUUCCCCGUUCAAAGAUUAUCCAUUUUGGUCAGAAAUUGGCUCAGAAAUCGGCUGGAGCAAUGUGUCAACUGGGUAUAACAGAAGGAAGACUCGCCAACAUAGUUUUGGAACUUGCACGUUCCAAUAUUUGCCAUUUUGGUCAGAAAUUGGCUCAGAAAUCGGCUGGAACAAUGUUUCAACGGGCUUUAACAGAAGGAAGAUUCGCCGACGUAAUUCUGGAACUUGCACGUUCCAAUAUUAUCCAUUUUGGUCAGAAAUUGGCUCAGAAAUCGGCUGGAACAAUGUGUCAACAGGCUCUAACAGAAGGAAGACUCGCCGACGUAAUUCCCAAGCUUCCCCGUUCAAAGAUUAUCCAUUUUGGUCAGAAAUUGGCUCAGAAAUCGGCUGGAGCAAUGUUUCAACUGGGUGUAACAGAAGGAAGACUCGCCGACGUAAUUCUGGAACUUGCACGUUCCAAUAUUAUCCAUUUUGGUCAGAAAUUGGCUCAGAAAUCGGCUGGAACAAUGUGUCAACAGGCUCUAACAGAAGGAAGACUCGCCGACGUAGUUCCCAAGCUUGCCGUUCAAAGAUUAUCCAUUUUGGUCAGAUAUUUGGCUCAGAAAUCGGCUGGAGCGAUGUUUCAACGAGCUAUAACAGAAUGAAGACUCGCCGACGUAAUUCUGGAACUUGCACGUUCCAAUAUUUGCCAUUUUGGUCAGAAAUUGGCUCAGAAAUCGGCUGGAACAAUGUGUCAACAGGCUCUAACAGAAGGAAGACUCGCCGACGUAAUUCUGGAACUUGCACGUUCCAAUAUUAUCCAUUUUGGUCAGAAAUUGGCUCAGAAAUCGGCUGGAACAAUGUGUCAACAGGCUCUAACAGAAGGAAGACUCGCCGACGUAGUUCCCAAGCUUCCCCGUUCAAAGAUUAUCCAUUUUGGUCAGAAAUUGGCUCAGAAAUCGGCUGGAGCAAUGUGUCAACAGGCUCUAACAGAAGGAAGAAUCGCCGACGUAAUUCCCAAGCUUCCCCGUUCAAAGAUUAUCCAUUUUGGUCAGAAAUUGGCUCAGAAAUCGGCUGGAGCAAUGUUUCAACUGGGUGUAACAGAAGGAAGAUUCGCCGACGUAAUUCUGGAACUUGCUCGUUCCAAUAUUAUCCAUUUUGGUCAGAAAUUGGCUCAGAAAUCGGCUGGAGCAAUGUGUCAACAGGCUCUAACAGAAGGAAGAAUCGCCGACGUAAUUCCCAAGCUUCCCCGUUCAAAGAUUAUCCAUUUUGGUCAGAAAUUGGCUCAGAAAUCGGCUGGAGCGAUGUUUCAACUGGGUGUUACAGAAUGAAGACUCGCCGCCGUAAUUCUGGAACUUGCACGUUCCAAUAUUAUCCAUUUUGGUCAGAAAUUGGCUCAGAAAUCGGCUGGAACAAUGUGUCAACAGGCUCUAACAGAAGGAGGAAUCGCCGACGUAGUUCCCAAGCUUCCCCGUUCAAAGAUUAUCCAUUUUGGUCAGAAAUUGGCUCAGAAAUCGGCUGGAGCGAUGUUUCAACGAGCUAUAACAGAAGGAAGACUCGCCGACGUAAUUCUGGAACUUGCACGUUCCAAUAUUAUCCAUUUUGGUCAGAAAUUGGCUCAGAAAUCGGCUGGAGCGAUGUUUCAACGAGCUAUAACAGAAGGAAGACUCGCCGACGUAAUUCUGGAACUUGCACGUUCCAAUAUUAUCCAUUUUGGUCAGAAAUUGGCUCAGAAAUCGGCUGGAACAAUGUGUCAACAGGCUCUAACAGAAGGAAGAAUCGCCGACGUAAUUCCCAAGCUUCCCCGUUCAAAGAUUAUCCAUUUUGGUCAGAAAUUGGCUCAGAAAUCGGCUGGAGCGAUGUUUCAACGAGCUAUAACAGAAGGAAGACUCGCCGACGUAAUUCUGGAACUUGCACGUUCCAAUAUUAUCCAUUUUGGUCAGAAAUUGGCUCAGAAAUCGGCUGGAACAAUGUGUCAACAGGCUCUAACAGAAGGAAGAAUCGCCGACGUAAUUCCCAAGCUUCCCCGUUCAAAGAUUAUCCAUUUUGGUCAGAAAUUGGCUCAGAAAUCGGCUGGAGCAAUGUUUCAACUGGGUGUAACAGAAGGAAGACUCGCCGACGUAAUUCUGGAACUUGCACGUUCCAAUAUCAUCCAUUUUGGUCAGAAAUUGGCUCAGAAAUCGGCUGGAACAAUGUGUCAACAGGCUCUAACAGAAGGAGGAAUCGCCGACGUAGUUCCCAAGCUUCCCCGUUCAAAGAUUAUCCAUUUUGGUCAGAAAUUGGCUCAGAAAUCGGCUGGAGCGAUGUUUCAACGAGCUAUAACAGAAGGAAGACUCGCCGACGUAAUUGUGGAACUUGCACGUUCCAAUAUUAUCCAUUUUGGUCAGAAAUUGGCUCAGAAAUCGGCUGGAACAAUGUGUCAACAGGCUCUAACAGAAGGAAGAAUCGCCGACGUAAUUCCCAAGCUUCCCCGUUCAAAGAUUAUCCAUUUUGGUCAGAAAUUGGCUCAGAAAUCGGCUGGAGCGAUGUUUCAACGAGCUAUAACAGAAGGAAGACUCGCCGACGUAAUUCUGGAACUUGCACGUUCCAAUAUUAUCCAUUUUGGUCAGAAAUUGGCUCAGAAAUCGCUGGAACAAUGUGUCAACAGGCUCUAACAGAAGGAAGAAUCGCCGACGUAAUUCCCAAGCUUCCCCGUUCAAAGAUUAUCCAUUUUGGUCAGAAAUUGGCUCAGAAAUCGGCUGGAGCGAUGUUUCAACGAGCUAUAACAGAAGGAAGACUCGCCGACGUAAUUCUGGAACUUGCACGUUCCAAUAUCAUCCAUUUUGGUCAUAAAUUAGCCCAAGAAUUGUCUGGAACACGAUUUUCAGUACAAAUACACGAUUUCUGGCAGAAAUAA